CUAGCAACGGGGACGAGGGCCCGGCGGACAUGACAUGACAUGACACGGACAUGGCGCUGGUGCUGAGGGCGGGCGGCCGCUUGUUGCGGCUCUCUCUGUGCCGCCGGGCGAGCUACACGCAGGGCCAGAGCCCAGAGCCGCGCAUCCGCGAGUACUUCUACUACAUCGACCACCAGGGCCAGCUCUUCCUCGAUGACACUAAGGUGAAAAAUUUCAUCACUUGCUUUAAAGAUAAAAAGUUUCUGGUGUUCUUCUUCAAGCAACUGAGGAAGAAUGGUACUGAACGCUACCAGGAAUUCCCCUACCUCUCCCCCUGCGGGCGGGAGCGGAAUUUUGUCCGCUGCGAGGACCUGCCGAUUGUCUUCACGCACCUGGUCCGGGGCGACGGGCCGGAGGGAGAGCUGCUGUCCUACGGCGGAGCGGGGGACGAGCUGUCCGUGAACUUCGAGCCCCAGAGGCUCUUCAUGCCGGUGAACGGUAGGGUGUAUCACCCGGCCCCGGAGAGAACAGGUGGCGUGGGACUGGUCAAGUCCGCCCUGGCCUUUGAGCUUAGCGGCCACUUUGAAUACACCAACAGUGGACCAGAAACCGGGCCCCCGUCACACUUCAACUGGAAGGGUCAACGACUCAGGCUGUCCAACGAACUCGCCGCACACAUCCAGAAUGAAGAGCCCACUUAGAGACAUCCUCAAUGCUACCCGUGUAGGUUACAAUCGGAUGAACAGAAAUACAUUCUCAUUUCACAGAGUGGUCGUACAGAAUGGAAAACAGGCCCUUUGGUCCAACUCGUCCAACCCAAGUGGCAUUUCAAUUCAGUUUAGUUUCAUUUAGAGAUUUUGUUGUUUGUGCGUAUGUCAGUGUGUGAGCUGGGUGUGUGUGUGUGAGGGUAUGAGUGUGUGUGGGUCUGGGUCUGUGUGCAUGUGUGUUUGUUCGUGUGUGUAUACGUAUUUGUGAGUGUGUGAACUAUAUGUGGGUUUUUGGGAGUGUGUGCGUGCGUGCGUGCGUGUGUGCGCGCGCGUGUGUGUGUGUGUCACAUUGGCCAAUCUCUACCACACAGCCUGACAUUCAGAUUCCCCUCAAACCAGCCUCUCCUUGUCCAGCCACUAUUCUGCACAGCCCUGGCCUGCACCGCUCCCGACACUUGUUGUGGCAGUGAUGCGGGCUCAUUCCCUCAGCACUGACUCUGGUUGGAAGCGUUACUCCACUUGGACAGUUGUACCUCACUGUGGGUUUAUUUUGUCUGGCAGCUGUGCGAUGAGAACUGUCUCUGUUUGACGUCAGUCCCUGAAGAUGAACACUCGUGCAUUCAGCGGAUAGCAGAUGAAUGUAUUUUCUCACAGUAGCUGUCUGUUUAGAUGGCCCUGAUUAAUGCUUCGUUGGUGCAAUAAACAAAAUCAUUUAAUGUUG